AUGGUCAAAAAUUUGAUUGAACAAUGCGUCGAUUGUAAUUUCUCUCGUUUUAAUAAUAAUCUGUCUGAUUUUAAUCGGCAUUUAUCAUAUUUUCUUCGCAAUGUAUCUCAUUUUGAUCGAUUAACUAACACAUUUAUUUCUUCUAUCCAAUUGGCUGCAAAACUCGGUCGACACGAGGAACUUCUUCUUCUUUAUGAGCAUCGUAAUAGUCCAACAAAACUACAACUUGAAAAACGUUGGACAUUCUAUAUCAAUCAUUAUGAUCGAUUACAUAGAGAAAGAAAUGAAAUACUUUUUGAUUAUACUGUAAGUCGUCUUCUUUAUACUCGUAUUACUACUGAACAUACUGAAAUAGAGUUUGAUAAUCUUAUUCCUGCUCUUCGUGAUAUAGAUAAUGCCUCUCAUCGUGGACGAAGCUUAAGUGAUGGAUCUAGACCAGAAAUAUUUCUCCAAGUGCGUAUUUACACUCUCGUCCGAACAAUUAUUGAUAAGAAGAUCAACAAAGAUGAUUAUAUGAUCGAAAUUAUUGAAAAAGAACUUUUACAUAAUUUAGAAACAUAUUAUUUUAUUAUUGGAAUAUUACUUAUUCCAGUAGAUAUUACUAAAUCAAUGAUGAAUCAAAGUUUUUCUCAAAUAAAAUCGUCACAAUCAUUAUUAAUAAAAUAUUAUCGAAAAAUCGCAAAAAACCUCAUAAGUAAAAUAAAACAACUUGAAAUUAAUGAUGAAUAUACUAUUCCAACUGGUUGGAAAGAACAUGCUGUUUGUGUUUCAUUUCGACGUAUUAGUCAAACACAUUUCAUUAUUCGAAUUGACAAUCCUAGUUCUAAAAAUCCGCUAGAUAUGCACGAAAUCAAGCGUUUUAAGGAUGGUGAUAUACGAAUUAAACCCAAAAUACUCGGUCAAUUGCAUGUGCACAAUUUAGAUGCGAAUCUAAAUAAUUACUUUGUUUUACUAAUUGAUAGUGUCAAACGAGAUUUGACAUUAGAAAAAGGUCGUUUAUUGAUCUAUAAUCUCAAUGAGAAGAUUCGUCAUCUCGAAGAAAUACAAAUUGAUAAUGUACCUUGGUUUAUUGAACAAGCCAAUGUCAACUGUGUUGUCAAAUGCUUUGAGCCCGGUUUAUGGCUACGUAUUGGUGAAAUACAUCAGGAACUUUAUUACCAAUUACUAGAUUUAGAAAAAUACAAUUUAGAUGUACUUGCGAGACAUUGUAAAGAGGAACAUAUACGUAAACUCGAUGAUAUUUUCGAUCGAUUUAAUUCAUUAGCAGAAGACGAAGAUAUAAAUAGUCUACCUACUGUAGAACGAACGCGUCUUCAGAUUAAACUGAAAAACAGCUAUAAACAAUAUUAUAAACAUCUAUCUAGUAACACAAAUAUUGAACAUUGUCCUCUUUUAGAUGAUAAAUAUGUUCAUUUACGAUUCGAACAUAAUAUUACACGAACACGAAUAGAACUAAAAAAUCUUUCUAUUAAAUCACAUGUUCUUAUAUUAGGUGAAGCUGGCUGUGGUAAGACAACAGCCUGUCAAUACAUAACAUAUUCAUGGGCUAUUGGAAAAUUAUGGCGAAAUAAAUUCGAAUGGUUAUUCUAUAUUAAAAUGAGAAAUUUAAAUUCAGAAGUCUAUCCACCACGAUCUAAUAAGUAUUCUUUAAUCGAUAUUAUUGAAAAAGAAUGCUUUACAGGAGGCGAACUUCAUCAUUUAGACAAACAAAAAUUAACAAAUCUUUUUGAGAAUUCAUCAGAUAUUCUUUGGAUUCUCGAUGGAUGUGAUGAACGAACGAUUCCAACUUAUUUACUUCCGAUCGAACAAGAAUUAUUUGACAAAUCAUGUCUAAUUCUAACAUCUCGCCCGUAUGCAACAUAUGAUUUCCAUUACGAUAUUCAACUUCAGAUUUUAAGUUUCACUGAUCAAGAUAUUGAAAAAUAUAUAUACAACUAUUUUUCGUAUAUCUUUCGAACUACUGCCAGGGGAUGCUGGUCAUUUAUUAGUGAUUCUAGAAAACUCUUACAAACAGCAUGUGUUCCUGCAUGUCUCGAAAUCAUUUGUAGUUUAUGGGAGACUGGAAAAGUAAAAUUAGAUGAUCAAAUGACUAUUGGAGAACUUUAUCAGAAAAUGUGUGACCAUCUUUUACAACAAUAUUUGCUAAAGUUCCAUCGUCUGUGUAACUCCGCUUUAGCUCAAAGAGAUAUUUAUCAAGAACCCAAUGCUGUAGCAUUUGUCUACUUGGAAUGUUUGGCAUUUGAUGCAACAAAAGAACAUCGAUUCACGAUCACUGGAAAAGAAAUAACCAACGUUGCAGGUCAACUACGCCUCUCCGUACUACAAAUUGUUUUACUUAUACCUCAAACACGAAACUCUUCGCCUUUAAUCCUCGAAAAUAUCUAUUAUUUCGUUCAUCGCACCUUUCAAGAAUAUCUUUCUGCUCGUUAUAUGGUCAGAAUGUUAGAAUCAUUCGGUUCAAAUGAUCAAAAGAAAGAAGUUAUUCGAUUCAUAACAUAUGAAAAAUAUAAUCGUCGUAUCCAACAUACAUUUCGUUUAUUCUUCGAGUUAAAACGAUCUCCUUCAUGUAUUGAGCAAUUUUGGUCAACUAUUGAUAGUGAACCACGAGAUUUAGUUGGUCUUCGACAUUGUUCUCGUAUUGCUCAUUGGUUUCCUAAUGGAACAUGUUCAUUUUCUGCCGAGGAUCAAAACGAGAUUGAUCAGAGGGUGAACAAAUCCGUACUAACAUGGAUAUCAAAUACAGAUCGUCUACCUAAUGAUAUUGCAAACACAUAUAUAUUCGAAUCAUUUGUUGGACUCACAGGUCAUCAGUGUUGGAUAGAUGCGUGGAAAGAAGAUCUUUUCAUAGAAGAUCCAUCUAAACGGCAUUAUUUUUUAGUUGAUUUAUGGUCAGAAGAGAAUAUCAGAGUUCUUAAAGAAAACUAUGAUCAUAUUUCGAAUGAUUUUGAAGGAUUACAUGAUCUUAUCGAAACAGGACCUAAUACAAUCAGUCUUAAACGUUUCAAACUUCCAUCCGAUCUAUUUACUUUAUACGAAAUCAGUGAUGAAACUGAAUUCUUAACGUUUUUGAAAGAAGUACAAGAACAAGCCAAAAGACAAGAACCAAUUACCACUCGAGAAAACUUUCAAACACUUUUAGAUAAUUAUGACUCUUUCGCUAACUUAAAUCGUCAAUCAGCAGCACACGGAUCAAUAAUAUGGAAAUUGAAAAUUGCUCCGUCCGCGUUGGAAAACAUCAACAAUGAAACGUUACAUCGUCUUGCAAUAAUAUCAAAAGAAAAUCUACUCUUUUUUCGUUACUUUGAAUUACCCGUGAUUUAUUUUCUUAAUCUCUAUGCUAACGAAAAUGACAUGAAUUAUGAUAUUCUUUCAAUUAUCAUUUCGAUUACUAUGUCAAGCGAUUGCAUUCUCACAGCAUCACCCGAACAAAAGAAGUUGAUUCGAGUUCAUGAAAAAGAGUCAUAUACUGAUAUUGAAAUGAAUGAACAUCGACGGUCUAAUCUUAUUCAUGCAUUUGAACAUGCUCGCAACACCUAUGGAUAUUCUUCCUUUUUUAGACAUGAUCAAUAA